AAACGUGCGGUGUCGUUUAGACUGCGUGCUCUGGCUAAGACGAAGGCAAAUCAACAGCUACAAACGUGAAAAGCGGUGAAACGUUAUUUCAAUUUAUCAAGAGAAAUGCUGUUUUAAUUAAGGGUGCACCAAGAAUAUUUUCAACACAAAGCAGUUGCCUUGGAAGGGAAGGAGAUUUGAGGCGCCAUGGCAGCUGCCUUCCCCUACAGAGGUGUUCCCGGAGGAAUGCCACCAGGGAUACCCCCUCCAGUUCAGGUCCCAGACUACAUGUCAGAGGAAAAACUGCAAGAGAAAGCAAGAAAAUGGCAGCAACUCCAGGCAAAGCGCUACUCUGAGAAGAGAAAGUUUGGGUUUGUGGAUGCCCAGAAGGAGGACAUGCCACCUGAACAUGUCCGCAAAAUCAUCAGGGACCAUGGUGACAUGACCAAUAGGAAGUUCCGCCACGAUAAGAGGGUCUACCUUGGAGCCCUGAAGUACAUGCCCCAUGCUGUUCUGAAGCUGCUUGAGAACAUGCCCAUGCCCUGGGAGCAGAUCAGAGAUGUGCCUGUGCUCUACCACAUCACAGGAGCCAUUUCCUUCGUCAAUGAAAUCCCAUGGGUCAUAGAGCCAGUCUACAUCGCCCAGUGGGGUGCCAUGUGGAUCAUGAUGCGUCGCGAGAAGAGAGACCGUCGGCACUUCAAGCGCAUGCGCUUUCCGCCCUUCGAUGAUGAGGAGCCUCCUCUGGAUUACGCCGACAACAUCUUGGAUGUGGAGCCCCUGGAGGCCAUCCAGAUGGAGCUGGAUGCUGACGAGGACUCCCCGGUGGCAGAGUGGCUGUAUGAGCACCAGCCGCUCAAGGACAGCACCAAGUAUGUGAACGGCACCACAUACCGGCGCUGGCAGUUCACCCUACCCAUGAUGUCAACUCUGUAUCGUCUAGCUAACCAGCUACUGACAGACCUGGUUGACUGCAACUACUUCUACCUGUUUGACCUCAAGGCCUUCUUCACUUCUAAGGCCCUGAACAUGGCCAUCCCAGGAGGACCCAAGUUUGAACCACUUGUCAGGGAUAUCAAUCUCCAGGAUGAGGACUGGAAUGAGUUCAAUGAUAUCAACAAGAUCAUUAUCCGGCAGCCAAUCAGGACAGAGUACAAGAGCUUUCCCUACCUGUACAACAACCUGCCGCACCAUGUUCAUCUCACCUGGUACCAUACCCCAAAUGUGGUGUUCAUUAAGACAGAGGAUCCGGACUUGCCAGCGUUCUACUUUGAUCCCCUGAUCAACCCCAUCUCCCACAGACACUCUGUCAAAAGUCAAGAGCCUCUGCCUGAAGAUGAUGAGGAGUUUGAGCUGCCUGAGUAUGUGGAGCCCCUGCUGAAGGAAACGCCCCUCUACACAGACAACACAGCCAAUGGGAUUGCACUGCUCUGGGCGCCCCGCCCCUUCAACCUGCGCUCUGGGAGGACCAGGCGCGCCAUUGACAUCCCUCUCAUCAAGAACUGGUAUCGUGAACACUGCCCCGCUGGCCAGCCAGUGAAGGUGCGUGUGUCCUACCAGAAGUUGCUGAAGUACUACGUGCUCAACGCUCUCAAGCACAGACCACCCAAGGCCCAGAAGAAGAGGUACCUCUUCCGCUCGUUCAAGGCCACCAAGUUCUUCCAGUCAACCAAGCUGGAUUGGGUGGAGGUGGGCCUGCAGGUCUGCAGACAGGGCUACAACAUGCUCAAUCUGCUCAUCCACCGUAAGAACCUCAACUACCUGCAUCUGGACUAUAACUUCAACCUGAAGCCUGUCAAGACGCUCACCACCAAGGAGCGUAAGAAGUCCAGAUUCGGAAAUGCUUUCCAUCUGUGCAGAGAGGUGCUGCGUCUCAGCAAGCUCGUGGUGGACAGCCACGUGCAGUACAGACUGGGCAACGUUGACGCCUUCCAGCUUUCAGAUGGGAUUCAGUACAUCUUUGCUCACGUGGGCCAGCUGACAGGCAUGUACCGCUACAAGUACAAGCUGAUGAGACAGAUCCGCAUGUGCAAGGAUCUCAAGCAUCUCAUCUACUACCGCUUCAACACUGGCCCUGUGGGCAAGGGUCCAGGCUGUGGCUUCUGGGCACCAGGCUGGAGGGUGUGGCUCUUCUUCAUGAGGGGCAUCACCCCUUUGCUGGAAAGAUGGUUGGGCAACUUGCUGGCCAGGCAGUUUGAAGGCCGUCACUCCAAGGGUGUGGCCAAGACUGUGACUAAGCAGCGAGUGGAGUCCCACUUCGACCUGGAGCUGCGUGCUGCCGUCAUGCACGACAUCCUGGAUAUGAUGCCCGAGGGCAUCAAGCAGAACAAGGCCAGGACCAUCCUGCAGCACCUCAGUGAGUCCUGGAGAUGCUGGAAAGCCAACAUUCCCUGGAAGGUGCCAGGCCUGCCCACCCCCAUCGAAAACAUGAUCCUGCGCUACGUGAAGGCCAAAGCGGAUUGGUGGACCAACACAGCCCACUACAACCGUGAGCGAAUCAGGCGCGGCGCCACAGUGGACAAGACGGUGUGCAAGAAGAACCUGGGCAGGCUGACCCGUCUGUACCUGAAGGCGGAGCAAGAGCGACAGCACAACUACCUCAAGGAUGGGCCGUACAUCACAGCUGAGGAGGCUGUGGCCAUCUACACCACCACGGUGCAUUGGCUGGAGAGCAGACGCUUCUCCCCCAUUCCUUUCCCGCCACUCUCCUACAAACACGACACAAAGCUGCUCAUCCUAGCCCUGGAGAGGCUCAAAGAGGCUUACAGUGUGAAGUCCAGGCUGAACCAGUCCCAGCGAGAGGAGCUGGGUCUGAUCGAGCAGGCUUAUGACAACCCCCACGAGGCCCUUUCCAGGAUCAAGCGUCACCUGCUCACUCAGAGAGCCUUCAAAGAGGUGGGUAUUGAGUUCAUGGAUCUGUACAGCCACCUCGUGCCCGUGUACGACGUGGAGCCCCUGGAGAAGAUCACAGACGCCUACCUGGACCAGUACCUGUGGUAUGAGGCCGACAAGCGCCGCCUCUUCCCGCCUUGGAUCAAACCAGCAGACACAGAGCCCCCACCACUGCUGGUUUACAAGUGGUGCCAAGGUGUCAACAACCUGCAGGACGUGUGGGAGACCACAGAGGGCGAGUGUAACGUGAUGCUGGAGUCGCGCUACGAGAAGAUGUAUGAGAAGAUCGAUUUGACGCUGCUCAACAGAUUGCUGCGUCUCAUCGUGGACCACAACAUUGCUGACUACAUGACAGCCAAGAACAACGUGGUCAUCAACUACAAGGACAUGAACCACACCAACUCGUACGGCAUCAUCCGUGGGCUGCAGUUUGCCUCCUUCAUAGUGCAGUACUACGGCCUGGUCAUGGACCUCCUUGUGCUUGGCCUGCACCGUGCUAGCGAGAUGGCCGGCCCCCCACAGAUGCCCAAUGACUUCCUCAGCUUCCAGGACACGGCUACUGAGAGCGCCCACCCUAUCCGCCUGUACUGCCGAUACAUCGACCGCAUCCACAUCUUCUUCAGGUUCACCGCAGACGAGGCCAGAGAUCUGAUCCAGAGAUACUUGACAGAGCACCCUGACCCCAACAACGAGAACAUCGUGGGCUACAACAACAAGAAAUGCUGGCCCCGUGACGCCCGCAUGAGACUGAUGAAGCAUGACGUCAACCUUGGCCGUGCCGUGUUCUGGGACAUUAAGAACCGCCUGCCUCGCUCCGUGACCACGGUGCAGUGGGAGAACAGCUUUGUGUCGGUCUACAGCAAAGACAACCCCAACCUGCUGUUCAACAUGUGCGGCUUCGAGUGCCGCAUCCUGCCCAAGUGCCGCACCAGCUAUGAGGAGUUCACCCACAAGGACGGGGUUUGGAACCUGCAGAACGAGGUAACCAAAGAGAGGACAGCGCAGUGUUUCCUGCGUGUGGACGAUGAGUCCAUGCAGCGCUUCCACAACAGAGUGCGUCAGAUCCUCAUGGCCUCAGGAUCCACCACCUUCACCAAGAUUGUGAACAAGUGGAACACAGCACUGAUCGGCCUGAUGACAUACUUCCGUGAGGCGGUCGUCAAUACCCAGGAGCUGCUAGACCUGCUGGUCAAAUGCGAGAACAAAAUCCAGACUCGUAUCAAGAUUGGCCUCAACUCCAAGAUGCCCAGUCGCUUCCCCCCUGUGGUGUUUUACACGCCAAAGGAGCUGGGAGGUCUGGGCAUGCUGUCCAUGGGCCACGUGCUCAUCCCCCAGUCUGACCUCAGGUGGUCCAAGCAGACAGACGUGGGCAUCACUCACUUCCGUUCAGGUAUGAGCCACGAGGAGGACCAGCUGAUCCCUAACUUGUACCGCUACAUCCAGCCCUGGGAGAGCGAGUUCAUCGACUCCCAGAGAGUGUGGGCUGAGUACGCCCUCAAGAGGCAGGAGGCUAUCGCCCAGAACAGGCGUUUGACUCUAGAGGACUUGGAGGACUCGUGGGAUAGAGGCAUCCCUCGUAUCAACACUCUCUUCCAGAAGGACAGACACACCCUAGCCUACGAUAAGGGCUGGAGAGUCAGGACCGACUUCAAACAGUACCAGGUUCUGAAGCAGAAUCCGUUCUGGUGGACCCACCAGAGACACGACGGCAAACUGUGGAACUUGAACAACUACCGAACAGACAUGAUCCAGGCCUUGGGUGGCGUGGAGGGGAUUCUGGAGCACACCCUCUUCAAGGGCACCUACUUCCCCACCUGGGAGGGUCUCUUCUGGGAGAAAGCCAGUGGCUUUGAGGAGUCUAUGAAGUGGAAGAAGCUGACCAACGCCCAAAGGUCUGGUCUGAACCAGAUCCCUAACCGUCGCUUCACCCUGUGGUGGUCCCCCACCAUCAACAGAGCCAACGUGUACGUGGGUUUCCAGGUGCAGCUGGAUUUGACUGGCAUCUUCAUGCACGGCAAGAUCCCCACUCUGAAGAUCUCCCUCAUCCAGAUCUUCAGGGCUCACUUGUGGCAAAAGAUCCACGAGAGCGUUGUGAUGGAUCUCUGUCAGGUGUUUGACCAGGAGCUGGAUGCCCUGGAGAUUGAGACCGUCCAGAAGGAGACCAUCCACCCCAGGAAGUCUUACAAGAUGAACUCGUCCUGUGCAGACAUCCUCCUCUUCGCCUCCUACAAGUGGAACGUUUCUCGUCCUUCCCUGCUGGCAGACUCAAAGGAUGUUAUGGACAGCACCACCACCCAGAAAUACUGGAUUGACAUUCAGCUCCGCUGGGGCGACUACGACUCUCACGAUAUUGAGCGCUACGCUCGCGCCAAGUUCCUGGACUACACCACCGACAACAUGAGCAUCUACCCAUCUCCCACCGGAGUGCUCAUUGCCAUCGACCUGGCCUACAACCUUCACAGCGGCUAUGGUAACUGGUUCCCUGGAGGCAAGCCCCUGAUUCAACAGGCCAUGGCUAAGAUCAUGAAGGCCAACCCUGCCCUGUACGUACUGAGAGAGCGCAUCCGCAAGGGUCUGCAGCUCUACUCCUCUGAGCCCACUGAGCCUUACCUGUCCUCCCAGAACUACGGAGAGCUCUUCUCAAACCAGAUCAUCUGGUUUGUGGACGACACCAAUGUCUACAGAGUCACCAUCCACAAGACCUUUGAGGGUAACUUGACCACUAAGCCCAUCAACGGAGCCAUCUUCAUCUUCAACCCCAGGACUGGUCAGCUCUUCCUCAAGAUCAUCCACACCUCUGUGUGGGCGGGACAGAAACGUCUGGGACAGUUGGCCAAGUGGAAGACUGCUGAGGAGGUGGCAGCUCUGAUUCGCUCCCUCCCUGUGGAGGAGCAGCCUAAACAGAUCAUCGUGACCAGGAAGGGCAUGUUGGACCCCCUUGAGGUCCACUUGCUGGACUUCCCCAACAUUGUGAUCAAGGGCUCGGAGCUCCAGCUGCCCUUCCAAGCCUGUCUGAAGGUGGAGAAGUUUGGAGACCUGAUCCUCAAGGCCACUGAGCCUCAGAUGGUCCUUUUCAAUCUCUACGACGACUGGCUCAAGACCAUCUCCUCCUACACGGCAUUCUCCCGUCUCAUCUUGAUCCUGAGAGCGCUCCAUGUGAACAAUGACCGUGCCAAGGUGAUUCUGAAGCCUGACAAGACUACCAUCACAGAGCCCCAUCACAUCUGGCCCACGCUGACCGACGAGGAAUGGAUUAAGGUUGAGGUGCAGCUGAAAGACCUCAUCCUUGCCGACUAUGGCAAGAAGAACAAUGUGAAUGUGGCGUCCCUGACCCAGUCUGAGAUCCGUGACAUCAUCCUGGGCAUGGAGAUCUCUGCCCCGUCUCAGCAGCGGCAGCAGAUCGCCGAGAUCGAGAAGCAGACGAAGGAGCAGUCUCAGCUGACGGCCACGCAGACGCGCACCGUCAACAAACACGGAGACGAGAUCAUCACUUCCACCACCUCCAACUACGAGACCCAGACCUUCUCCUCCAAGACCGAAUGGAGGGUCAGGGCCAUCUCUGCAGCCAACCUGCACCUAAGGACCAAUCACAUCUACGUGUCGUCUGACGACAUCAAAGAGACCGGCUACACCUACAUUCUGCCCAAGAAUGUGCUCAAGAAGUUUAUCUGUAUCUCUGACCUGCGUGCCCAGAUUGCAGGCUACCUCUAUGGCACCAGUCCCCCUGACAACCCCCAGGUGAAGGAGAUUCGCUGUAUCGUCAUGGUGCCUCAAUGGGGAACGCAUCAGACUGUCCACCUGCCCAAUCAGCUGCCUGGACAUGAGUACCUCAAGGAGAUGGAGCCCCUGGGCUGGAUCCACACUCAGCCCAACGAGUCCCCACAACUGUCCCCCCAGGAUGUGACCUCACACGCCAAGAUCAUGGCCGACAACCCAGCCUGGGACGGAGAGAAGACCAUCAUAAUCACCUGCAGCUUCACCCCAGGCUCGUGCACACUCACUGCCUACAAGCUGACGCCUAGCGGCUACGAGUGGGGAAGACAGAAUACAGACAAGGGCAACAACCCCAAGGGCUACCUGCCCUCCCACUAUGAGAGGGUUCAGAUGCUGCUGUCUGACCGCUUCCUGGGCUUCUUUAUGGUGCCUGGCCAGGUGUCCUGGAACUACAACUUUAUGGGUGUUCGCCAUGACCCCAACAUGAAGUACGACCUUCAACUGUCCAACCCAAAGGAGUUCUACCAUGAGGUCCACCGACCUUCGCACUUCCUCAACUUUGCUUCGUUGCAGGAAGGCGAGGUCUACAAUGCAGACCGUGAGGACAUGUAUUGCUAAGUGAGACCACACACCCACUGACUGCCAGGCUACCAUCUUUGUACACAAUAUAUUUGUAUGGGGACCUUCUGAAAAUUGGUCCAUUUGUGAUAAAAGCAUUUGAGCAUUUCUACCAAUGUUAUGAGACAAUUGGAAGUCAGCUUAUCAGUUUAGGGACACUUAAGUUGGCCUUUUUGUUUGUUUCCUAAGUUUUACAUGUAUUUUGUUAUUUCCAAAUGCCCUCUUUUCCCUCACAAUUGGUUUUCGGCAAGGCGUUCACAUGAGAUCUCCACAACCUGUUUGUUUCAUGCAGCUUAUCUUGGACACAAGUGAACUGGUGUUUGUGCAGCGUUACUGCUGCAUAUCUCGUAGUUUAUAUAGAUGUGGAAUUUCUUUUCAUAGGGGAUAGAAAACGUAUUUUCCCAGGUAGAAACAAAUGUAAUUGAAAGUGACGUCUGUCUGUUUUUUUUACGCUAGCAAUCAUUACCCGUAUGCUAUGUUGUGCAUUAAUUGUGGACACUGUAGGUUAAAGGGUCAAAAUAAAGAACUUUUAUAAUAA